AUGUUACGAGCUGUGUCGCAGUCGAGCCAGAGAGGCGUUUUCCAACAGGCCAGGUCUGCUGUUGUGUGGUUUCGCCCCUACAGUUCCGCAGACGUAACUAAUGACGAGCCUAGUUUUUCCGAACAGGUAGAGUUGUUUUUUGAUAAGUCGGCCGUGCUGUUGGAGGAUCGGUUAAUUAAGAAGGUGAGAGGGAAACAUCUGACGGAUGAGGAGAGGAAGAAAGUGGUUGAUGGGUUGUUGUCUGUCAUCAAGCCAUGCAACCACGUCAUGGCUGUCAACUUCCCCAUCAAACGCGACAAUGGCAAGUAUGAGAUGAUCGAGGCCUACAGGGCACAGCAUAGUCAACACAGAACCCCGUGCAAGGGAGGUAUACGUUACAGUAUGGAUGUGAACCUUGACGAAGUGAAAGCCCUUGCUGCCUUGAUGACAUAUAAAUGUGCUGUAGUUGAUGUCCCAUUUGGUGGUGCCAAAGCUGGAGUGAGGAUUAACCCUGCAGAAUACUCUGUAAAUGAGCUGGAGAAAAUUACAAGAAGGUUCACAGUAGAACUCGCCAAAAAAGGAUUUAUAGGUCCAGGUAUAGAUGUGCCUGCCCCAGAUAUGGGCACAGGGGAGAGAGAGAUGAGCUGGAUUGCCGACACGUACGCCAACUCACUAGGUCAUGGGGAUAUCAAUGCUCGGGCAUGCGUGACGGGUAAACCCAUCCCACAAGGAGGCAUUCAUGGCCGCAUCUCAGCCACUGGCAGGGGAGUUUACCAUGGAGUGCAUAACUUUAUCAUGGAGGCCAGUUACAUGAGCAUGGUUGGCCUGACACCCGGCUUUGGUGAUAAGACUUUCAUCCUUCAGGGUUUUGGAAACGUCGGUCUGCACACCAUGAGAUACCUGACGCGCGCUGGAGCCAAGUGCAUUGGGGUGAAGGAAAUUGAUGGCAGCAUAUACAACCAUAAAGAUGGCAUCAGUGCUAGAGAGCUGGAGGACUACAAGAUUGAAAAUGGAACGAUUGUGGGUUUCCCCAAUGCUGAGCCCUAUUAUGAUGACCUUCUGUUUGAGAAGUGUGAUAUCUUGGUACCAGCUGCCAGUGAGAAGCAGAUUCACAAGGAUAAUGCUGACCGCAUCCAGGCCAAGAUUAUUGCUGAAGGUGCAAAUGGCCCUACUACGAUGGCUGCAGACAAUAUUUUGCUCAAGAAGAAUGUUCUUAUUAUUCCGGAUUUAUUUGUGAAUGCCGGUGGUGUCACUGUUUCAUAUUUUGAGUGGUUGAAAAACCUCAACCAUGUCAGUUAUGGCCGCCUUACAUUCAAAUAUGAGAGAGAUUCAAACUACCACCUCUUAGAGAGUGUGCAAAGAUCUUUAGAGCGUAAAUUUGGGAAAAAUGGCGGUAAAAUUCCCAUUGUCCCAAGUGAAGAAUUUGAGAAAAGGAUUGCUGGCGCUUCAGAGAAAGACAUUGUACAUUCUGGCCUUGAGCAGACAAUGGAGAAAUCUGCUCGGUUGAUCAUGAAGACUGCCAUGGAGCACAAUCUCGGACUGGAUAUCCGUACCGCUGCUUACAUGGCUGCCAUCGAGAAGAUCUUUGGUGUUUACCAGGAAGCCGGAUUAACCUUCACAUAA